AACAAAAUGGCGACGGGAGUUUUAGACGUGGAAGAUGAAUCCAUACUUGCGGCAAUUUUCAAGGACUUGCUGCCCGAUUCCUGGCGGGGGCAGCCCGAUGUUGCUCUGUAUCUGGCCGAACUCAGUUCCUACGGCAUCGAUAAGCUGGGCAGGGAGCCGGACAGACUGGCAGAGGAACGAGCUCACAUCUUAGAACAGACCCAAGACCUGGCCUUCCACAACUACAAAACAUUCAUCAAGACAGCAGAAUGUUCCCAAGACAUCUUCGAGGACUUCAGUCUGGUGGAGGAACGUCUGGAAAAUCUCCUGGAGAAACUGCCGGUGUUUGGGGAGAAGUGUCAGAGUUUCCUGAAGCACGCACAGGACAUCAAUACCCGACGGAGGAUGAACUCCCUCACACUGGCACACCACACACAGCUACUGGAGAUACUGGAGAUGCCACAGCUGAUGGACACGUGUGUGAGGAAUGGUUACUAUGAGGAAGCCCUGGAGCUGGCAGCUCAUGUCAGCAGACUGGAGAAGAAACACUCCAACAUCCCUGUCAUCAUGGAUAUAGUGCGGGAAGUUUCCACAUCCACUGCACUGAUGCUGAGUCAGCUGAUACAACAACUACGGACCAACAUCCAGCUGCCAGCCUGUCUGAAGAUCAUCGGAUACCUCCGCAGAAUGGGAGCAUUCUCUGAGGUGGAACUAAGGAUCAAAUUCCUGCAGGCCAGAGAUACGUGGUACAAGGGUAUCCUACAAGCCAUCCCCAGGGACGACCCCUACCAUCACAUCACCAAGGUGAUUGAGGCCAGUCGUGUGCACCUGUUUGACAUCAUGACUCAGUACAGAGCCAUCUUCUCCGACGAGGACCCUGUCAUGUCCACCAUACAGGACAACUCACCCAGCGAAGGGGCUCUGUUCUAUGGCUGGGUGGUUCAGAAGGUGUCGGACAUCCUGCAGAUGUUGGAGGAGGACUUACAGCAGGGUGUAGGCAGUCGCCUGGAUUCACUGCUAGGACAGUGUAUGUACUUUGGCCUGUCCUUCAGCCGGGUGGGAGCAGACUUCAGGGCGCUGAUCAUCCCGCUCUUCCAACAAGCAGCCAUGAGGAACUUUGUCAGCACAGUGCAGGAGGCCACGGGGAAGUUCCAACAGGACAUGGAGGCCUACACACUGGUGUCCAUCCCCGGGCUGCUGUCUGGGACAGUCAUGCCAUCCAUCAGUCAGUCUGGUGUUGUUCAACUGCCUAUGGGCCUGUUAGAGUUCCCCCCAUUGGCUGCUUACUGCAACGGCCUCCUGACGGGGUUUAAUGAGCUGCGCCUGUGUGCUCCCAUCGGAGUGGUGCCUGAACUAACGACAGUCCUGCAGACGUCCCUGUGUAAGGCAGCAGACGUCAUCCUGGCCUUUCACAGAGCUGAAGAAUCGGCGAUGUCCUCCAGUGAGAAAGAGUUGUUUGGCCAGCUGUGCUCCAGUUUUGCCCACAGUCUGGUCCCCUUUGUCAACAGCUGUCUGCAGGUUAUGUACCCAGCUGCAGCUGUAGCCCAGGUGCUAGGAGUACCCACCGCUGAUGUUGCCAAGUUGUCGGUGUGUGCUGUUGAUGUGGAGACUAUAACCCAGCCUCUACAGGACCUCUUACCUGCCACAACACUGGACACCACCAGUCUAACCAGCCUUCUGAUCACUGACAUCCCAGAGGCUUCGGAAAGCACCAGGGCAGCAGACAGUUCUAGCACUGCACAGAGCAGCAUGGAACAACUACCAGUGACAGGGGAACCUGUAACGUCUGCUGAAGAUGUCAAGGAGCCUGAUGCUACAUCUCCAAAUACAGCAACACCCACAGAUACAGCAACUACAGAUACAGCAACUACAGAUACAGCAACCUCAGAUACAGCAACCUCAGAUACAGCAUCCGAAGCUGCAGCAGCAUCUAAUACACAAGAUACAAUACCAUCAGAGACAACCUCCUUAGAUACAGCACCCACAGAUGCAACAUUAGUGUCUGUUACAGCACCCCCAGUUGAGUCCAUCCCACCACCUGACACCACUCCUGCUGACCUGGACAGGCCUGCCAAUCAAACCAAUGUUGGCAUGGCAACCAUCAGUAAUACUCAGCAGCCAUUGGACAGUGCAAGUAGUUUACCUCCUACAGGAAGCAGCAGUUCUGACCUGCCUCAACAAACAGUUGCAGAGUACAGUGAUGAUGACAUGGGAGAGGACAUACCCAGGCAGUGAGAUUCUUGUUCUACUCUCAGUGAGGACCCCAAAAUGUUAGGGAUUCCCUCAACUUGGUUUGUGAGGAACAUUAGUGGAUAUAAAACUGCAGACUUAACUUUCACAAUUGAGAAAAUGGUUAUAGUACCUCU